AUGGAUCCAAACACCAUGGCCAGCUUCGACGAUGAGCAUCGUCAUUCCUCCUUCCCGGCUAAGAUGUGCAAAAUCUGUAGCGACGAGAUCAGAGACGGCGACAAUGGCCAGAAAUUCGUGGCGUGCCACGUGUGCGCAUACCCGGUUUGCAAACCUUGCUACGAGUACGAGCGUAGCACCGGUAGCAAAUGUUGCCCUCAAUGCAAGACUCACUACAAACGCCACAAAGAUGAAGAAAACAAUGGUCUUGAUGAUUCAGAUGACGAGUUGAUGAAUAUCAAGAAUCGCCCAGAUGCUUCCUCCAUUCACCAGAAUUUUGCCUAUGGAUCGGAAAAUGGAGACUACAAUAGUAAGCAGCAAGGGCGUUCAAAUGGCCGGGCCUUUUCUUCCACCGGAAGUGUGUUGGGGAGAGAGUUUGAAGGCGAGAGAGAUGGCGCCACAGACGCAGAGUGGAAAGAACGAGUGGAUAAAUGGAAAGCGAGGCAAGAGAAGAGAGGUCUAUUAACUAAAGCAGAACAAACAAAGGAUCAAGACAGUGAAGAAGAAGAAUACCUAGAUGCUGAUGCAAGACAACCUCUCUGGAGAAAAGUACCAAUCUCAUCAAGCAAAAUCAGUCCAUACAGAAUCGUGAUCGUACUUCGUCUCGUCAUCUUAGUUUUCUUCUUCCGUUUCCGUAUCUUGACACCGGCAAGAGACGCGUACCCUCUCUGGCUUAUCUCAGUCAUCUGCGAGAUCUGGUUCGCACUCUCUUGGAUCCUCGACCAGUUCCCGAAAUGGAUGCCGAUUAACCGAGAAACCUACCUUGACCGUCUCUCUAUGAGAUUCGAACGGGACGGCGAGAAGAACAAGCUUGCACCGGUUGAUGUGUUUGUCAGUACGGUGGAUCCGCUUAAGGAGCCUCCGAUCAUCACAGCCAACACCAUUCUUUCGAUCUUAGCCGUUGAUUACCCGGUGAAUAAAGUCAGCUGCUAUGUCUCUGACGACGGUGCUUCGAUGCUCCUGUUCGAUACAUUGUCUGAGACUUCCGAGUUUGCAAGAAGAUGGGUUCCGUUCUGCAAGAAGUACAACGUUGAGCCAAGAGCUCCAGAGUUUUACUUCUCUGAGAAGAUUGAUUACUUGAAGGAUAAAGUCCAAACCACAUUCGUCAAAGACCGCAGAGCAAUGAAGAGAGAGUAUGAAGAAUUCAAAGUGAGGAUCAAUUCUUUAGUGGCUAAAGCUCAGAAGAAACCUGAAGAAGGUUGGGUGAUGCAAGAUGGUACACCAUGGCCUGGAAACAACACUCGUGAUCACCCCGGGAUGAUUCAGGUGUAUCUAGGAAAAGAAGGAGCAUUUGACAUCGACGGUAACGAAUUGCCACGCCUUGUGUAUGUGUCGAGAGAGAAGCGUCCUGGUUAUGCACAUCACAAGAAAGCUGGAGCCAUGAAUGCAAUGGUUCGAGUCUCUGCAGUGCUCACAAAUGCUCCAUUCAUGCUGAAUCUGGAUUGUGAUCACUACAUCAACAACAGUAGAGCCAUCAGAGAAUCAAUGUGCUUUCUAAUGGAUCCACAGCUUGGGAAGAAGCUUUGUUACGUUCAAUUCCCUCAGAGAUUCGAUGGGAUUGAUCGUAAUGAUCGAUACGCCAACAGAAACAUCGUCUUCUUCGAUAUAAACAUGAGAGGCUUAGAUGGGAUUCAAGGACCGGUCUACGUUGGAACAGGAUGCGUAUUCAAUCGACCGGCAUUGUACGGAUACGAACCUCCGGUAUCGGAGAAACGGAAGAAGAUGACCUGCGAUUGCUGGCCGUCGUGGCUUUCCUGCUGCUGCGGCGGAGGUAGCCGUCACAAAUCGAAAUCAUCGGACUCGAAGAAGAAAUCGGGGAUUAAGAGCUUGUUGUCUAAAUUGAGGAAGAAGAAGAAGAGCGAUACGACGGCGAUGAGCUAUAACAGGAAACGAUCGACGGAAGCGAUUUUCGAUCUGGAAGAUAUCGAAGAAGGGCUUGAAGGGUACGAUGAGCUCGAUAAAUCGUCUCUGAUGUCGCAGAAAAACUUCGAGAAGAGGUUUGGGAUGUCUCCGGUGUUUAUCGCGUCGACGUUGAUGGAGAACGGAGGUUUACCGGAGGCGACGAACACGAGCUCGCUGAUCAAGGAGGCGAUUCAUGUCAUUAGCUGCGGAUACGAAGAGAAGACUGAAUGGGGCAAAGAGAAGAUAUUCUUACAGGAUUCAAAAUGCAUUGUAGAGGUUGGAAAUCGGUUUACUGUAUGCCCAAAAGACCAGCUUUCAAAGGAUCAGCUCCGAUCAAUCUCUCAGACCGGUUGCACCAAGUCCUUCGAUGGGCGCUCGGUUCGGUCGAAAUCUUCUUUNGAAAGUUGGGGAGAGGCACCAGCACUUCCAAACAUGGUGAAGUUGUUCCAUGAGAUCAGAGAGAGAGGUUUCAAAAUCUUUUUGGUCUCUUCUCGCAAAGAGUAUCUCCGAUCUGCCACUGUGGAGAACCUGAUCGAAGCCGGUUACCACGGCUGGUCUAACCUCCUUCUCAGGGGAGAAGAGGAAGAGAAGAAGAGUAUCAGAAAAUAUAAAGCAGAUGUGAGGGAAUGGCUUACAAGUCUUGGAUACAGAGUUUGGGGAGUGAUGGGUUCACAAUGGAACAGCUUCGCAGGUUGUCCAGUUCCCAAGAGAACCUUCAAGCUCCCAAACUCCAUCUACUACGUCGCCUGA